GAAAGACCUGCACAUGCGCAUUAUGUAGCACUUCGGGGACCUCCGGGAAGGCGGGAAACACGAAAUGAAGCAGCAGCAACAUUGUUGCCCCAUUGAUCAGCCGGAGUAAUCAGGUGGGCAUCAGGCGCUCUUUAACCACAGGGUCUAAUUUAUGUACGGACACUCACAUAUUCCUCUUCCGGUGCCAAGGUGAUAACUGCGUGAAAUGAGAAGAUCUGCAGCUCCGAGUCAGCUCAGCGGCAACGCAGCAAAAAAAUUCAAGUUCAUCCCACCGGGGAAAACUGAUAACCAGGAACCCGUUUCAGGAAGCACUAGACUCUCGCAGCGGAUCGAGGUAACUCAUGACUGUGACAAUAGCCAGAGUCCUUUAUUGCAAUCCAAAGCAAUAGUCGCAAAAUGUGAACUAAUCCAGACCUGCCCUUCUCGCCAAACUACAGGAAAUGUGGGUGAAGAUGGUGAAGUAGAGAGACCUGAAUCUGACCAUCUGACUACCAUAUCAAUUUUAACAGUGGGAGCACCAAGUACAAGUCAGGCUGGUGCCUUUCCUCAGCAACAGCUGAAGCCAUUUCGACCAUUUAUAGCACCAAAACAAAUUUACACACCACCUCCACUGGUAUCUCAGCAGCAGUCAAGUCCAGAAGAUCACAAAGAUCAAAACGUACCCAACUCCUUCAUUAAGUACUACAGUGUCUUGUGGUGUAAAGCAUCAAAGAAGAAACACAAGAAAUGGGAGGGGGAUGCAAUCUUGAUUGUCAGAAAGACAUCUGUGGUUCUCAAGGACAUAGAGGGCAAAGAUAUUGGAAAAGGAGCAGGAUACAAAUCAAAGGAACUUGAAACUCUUUCUGAAGGCCAGACCUUAAUGAUUGGUGGGAAAGAGAUUGAGAUAUUGGGACCAAUUUCUGCAGAGGACUUUAUGAGUGGACGCUGUUUCCACUCUGCUGUUACUUCUUCAUCACGUCUAUCACUGGCAACUUCCUCACAGCAGCCUUUACUAAAACCUUAUACCAAUCCAUUGAGGAACAGUACUGGAUUCAGUCAAACAGAAGAUGUUCGAAAAACCAACUUGGAUUGUAAACCUAGACAUGACCCAAGUGCACCAAAUGCUUUGGUAAUGCCACGACCAAAUCUGAGCCAUCAAUGGAUCUUUAAUAAAGCUGGUCUCCCAUUGGUGGAUGUAGUGGUGGACCCUUACCUUACCGUACACCUUCGACCUCACCAGUGGGAUGGUGUGAUCUUCCUAUAUGAGUGUAUAAUGGGAAUGAGGACAACUGGUAGGUUUGGUGCUAUCUUGGCUGAUGAAAUGGGUCUAGGGAAGACGUUGCAGUGCAUCACGUUAAUCUGGACUCUCAUGCGGCAAGGACCUUAUGGGAACAAACCUGUUAUCAAAAAGACCCUUGUCAUCACACCUGGGAGUCUCGUUAAAAACUGGGUCAGUGAAUUUCAGAAAUGGCUUGGAACAGAAAGGCUGAGGGUUUUUGCAGUUGAUCAGGAUCACAAAGUUGAAGACUUCAUCAGUUCUCCAUUGCACUCUGUCCUCAUCAUCAGCUAUGAAAUGUUACUGCGCUGUCUAGAACAAAUUCAGAAUAUCCAGUUUAACUUGAUAAUUUGUGAUGAAGGUCACCGUUUGAAAAAUAGCUCAAUUAAGACAUCCACCGCAAUUCUUAGCCUUUCAUGUGACAGAAGAGUGAUCCUUACUGGUACUCCUAUCCAAAAUGAUCUUCAAGAGUUCUACUCUCUAAUAGAGUUUGUGAAUCCAGGAAUCCUUGGAUCCUCUUCCACCUACAGAAAGAUUUAUGAAGAACCUAUCAUCAGGUCUCAACAGCCCUCUGCAACAAAGGAUGAAAAGCAGUUGGGUGAAGAAAGGGCAACAGAGCUUUGCCGAUUAACUGGGCUCUUCAUACUUCGACGCACACAGGACAUCAUUAACAAUUACCUCCCUCCAAAGACUGAAUGGAUUAUCUUCUGCCGCCCAGCUGCACUGCAGCUUGAACUUUAUCACAAACUGCUGGCAUCCCAUGCAGUGAAAUCUUGCCUACAGGGAAGUCUGGAGAACAGUUCCCACUUAAUAUGCAUAGGGUUACUGAAAAAACUCUGCAAUCACCCGACACUCUUCUUUAAUACAAUAAAGGGAAAGGAGAAUCACUGCACAAGACCUGAUUUUGACUGUAGGUUUGAAAUUAACCCUUAUGAUGAUCUGACUGGCAUAUUUCCAAUAAACUAUGAAUCAAAUGCAUUUACUGCAAAGGAUUCGGGGAAGCUACAAGUACUGAUAGAUCUUUUAGCAGGCAUUCAUGCACACAGUUCGGCUGAAAGAGUUGUGCUGAUUUCAAAUUAUACUCAAACAUUAGAUAUCUUGCAAGAAAUGUGCAAGUGUUUUGGGUAUAGCUAUACCCGACUGGAUGGACAAACACCCGUCAGCCAUCGACAACAAAUUGUGGAUUCAUUUAAUAGCAAACAAAGCAAGAGUUUCAUCUUCCUGCUCAGCUCAAAGGCUGGUGGGGUCGGCUUAAACCUAAUUGGAGCCUCCCGGUUGGUUUUGUACGACGUUGACUGGAAUCCAGCAAAUGACGUUCAGGCUAUGGCCAGGGUAUGGAGAGAUGGUCAAAGGAAACCUGUGCAUAUUUACAGACUACUCACUACAGGGACCAUAGAAGAGAAGAUUUAUCAGCGACAGGUCAGUAAACAAAGUUUGUCUGGAACAGUGGUUGACCUAAAAAAGAAGAAUGAGCAUGCCAGCUUUUCACUAGAAGAACUUCGAAAUCUUUUCAAAUUAGAUGAAGACUCUAACUGUCUUACCCAUGAUCUCCUGUGUUGCAACUGUUUGGGAAAUGGGGAACCAUCAGCUAAUCUUGCUACUGAAAAGCCUCUGACUCCCAGAGCCUGUCAACUAGGUCAUGAUGCAGAGAAGUCUGAUUCCCAGAAACACCUUUCUAUGUCAGAUCUGAUGUACUGGAAGCACUUUUCUGGAGACAUUCAACAUUUCCCAGAUCCUGUACUUGAAAAAGCUAAAGAAAAUAUCACCUUCAUUUUUCAAAACAUAACAAAACCACUGACUAUGUCCAGCUGAGGAAAUGAUGGAAAUCAGUAAACAGACCAUGGAAUUUCAGACUUAAAUUUGUAAUUCUACUUACUUUUGUUUAGAAGCUUGGGUAGAAUCUGCAUAAACAUUUUGGUACUGUACCCAGCCUGUCUGAGUUCAUGGGUUUGUAAUAAUUAACUGUUUUAGUUCAUUAAGUUGAAAACUAUCGUUGAUAAGACAGGUACACAGAGUCAGCAUUAAUCAGUCUGGAUAGCUGUAGAAUAAACCUCCCUUCAAUCUGUCCCAACAACAUCCCUUAACCCAAACUAUUCCUCAGAACGACUACACUGAUGAUGACUUGGUGUGAGAAUUGACAAUUGUGAACUCACCCCGAUAUUGGAAUUUGGGAUGUAAAUUGGUCAUUUCACCUGACCCUUAUAGCGAGCCCAAGAGAGGAAACUUUCAUCUGUACAGACUGACAAAAUUCAAACUGAAACCCCAGAGAUGAAAAUGUGCUAAUUAUCAGCACCCAAAGGUUCCAUUCUUUUUCAUGUCUUAAAUAUCAAAAAAUGGUAUGAAAUGCUAUUUUGCCUGCGUGCUGCUAUUGGGUUGAGUAAGAAUAAUAUAAGGUUUACUGUUUCCAUUGGCUCUCAUUUUCAUUCCUUCAAAAUAGUAACCCAUGUUGAAUUAUUAUCUUGAGUGGUGAAAAUUGAGAGUGUGUUUUUAUGGGUGCUGUAGCCUUCAGAUAUCUUGCCCACAUUGGAAGUCUGUUUUACUAUCAGGAGCAUUACAGCCUAGCCCAAUGCUAUUAUACUUGGAAUCUACACACAAAGACACUUGGCUGCAUAUAGUGACACUUCUAGAAUGGUGAUGAUUGGGAAAUUGCCCUGUCAAUUAUGCCUGGAGACUGUAUUGAUGUAAGUGACUGGAAUUGAUUUUACAGCCUGAGUUCUGUUUGUUGCAUUCCAUAGAGACUUUAUUAUAAUAGACUCUGUAAGUAGACUUUGUUUGCUUUGCUGUUUGCUGUAAAAUACACUGUUUGGCUAUGAGUCCUGCUGGCUGUAAGUACAGUUCUGCCUUCAGCUCAUUGGCUGACACAGUGGUCUCCACAGACACUCCACACAUACUUUCUAGUGAGGGUCAUUGGAUAGAAAUAACUUGCACUUGUAUAACAUAUUUCACAUCCUCAGGACAUCCCAAAGCUUUAGAGCUGAUAAUUUAAUUUAAAGCACAGUAACUGUUGUCAUAUAGGCAGUGAGCUUGAUAGUCAAAUUGAAUUCCACCCUAGCCCUGAGGCAAUUAGGCCAAUUGUAGCUCACGUCUGGCUGAGAUCAACUAGGGAUCAAACUUUCCUAGUCUAUACUCAGCAAAACACAGGCUAUUAAUUUGUUUGCUGAGCUAUAAGGAGAGCUAAUGUGUCAACAUGCCAAAGCCUUUUCACAUAAGGGAGUAGAUACAUAUUUUAAUUGGGAAGGAAAAAUAAACAAAUCUUAUGCUCCAAGACAAAAUGUAUCAUUUUUGGUAAGGGGUGGGUGGCAGUGUGCUUAAAAGUACCACCCUGCAUUUAAUGCCAUGCACAAUGAUGAUCAGGACAGUUCAGCAAGCCCUUCACUAAGCUGUUUCCUUUGAAGACAUUGUAGUAUUCCAAAUUUCGUCUUUGACUCAGCAGAAAAUUAAUAUUACACUUUGGAAUCUUGCUUAAAUAGUAAUUAGCAAUGUGGUUUUAGCACACAUUCUGAAACCUGGAAGCAGACUUUGUAACUUGUAAUUUAAUAGGAUUGUUUUUGCAAAUAUGUUUAAAAUAUGGUAUCAUUUUAGAUCAUACUUUUUCAAGAUUCUGAAAAAUGGCUUUUUCAGUAAAUAAGGUAGGGAAAGAGACAAAGGAACAUUAAAGUUUAUAUACUUGAUUCGAACCUUUAUCUUUAGCAUCCAGUUUUGUGAACAUCUCUACUAAUUCCACUUGUACGUACCUCCUACCAGAUGAUAUUAAUCUUUGAUUUAAGUAAAACAAUCUGUUGCAUUA